AUGAAGCAGAUGGAAUCCCCACCUCUGUCCCUCCUCUCCCUCCUCUCCCUCCUCUCCCUCCUCUCCGUCCUCCUAGCCAUCUUGCUUCACUUCCCUCUUCCCUCCACAGCAAUCCCCUUCACCUGCAACACCUCCAAAACACCCACCUGCCAAUCCCUAAUCGGCUACAUCCCCACCAACAAGACAACCUACUCCAGCCUUAAAUUCCUCUUCACUAUCAAAUCCAUCCGCACCCUCUUCUCCGCCAACAACCUUUCACCUUCGACCCGAUCCUCCACUUCCAUCCCCGCCGGAUCCACCGUCCGCAUCCCAAUCUCAUGUUCCUGUUCCGCCGGCUCCGGCUACUCCUCCGGACGGCCUAUCUACGUUGUGAAGGCCGGCGAUGGAUUGGACUCCAUUGCUCGCAAUAUUUUCGGCGGGUUUGUGACCUACCAGGAAAUUGCUAAGGCCAACAAUAUUUCCGAUCCGAAUCUGAUUGAGGCCGGGAAGCGGCUUCUGAUACCAAUGCCUUGCAGCUGCGACCCUGUUGAUGGGGAUUCGGUGGUGCAUUACGCGCAUUUCGUGGCGGCGGGGAGCACGGUGUCGUCCAUUGCGGAGAGUUUUGGAGUUUCGCAGAAUGUGCUUCUUCGGAUUAAUGGGAUCAAGGAUCCGAAGGACCUUCAGGCUGGACAAGUUCUUGAUGUUCCGCUUCGAGCAUGUUCCUCGUCAAUAAGCAACUCGUCUCUCGAUCACAAUCUGCGCAUUCCUAACAGCAGCUAUGCUCUCACUGCCAAGAAUUGUGUCCUCUGCAGCUGCAGCUCCACCACAUGGCAAUUGGAGUGUCGUCCGACCCAAGGAAUAGGCAAUAACUCAUGCCCUGCAGCUAAAUGUGGCAGCCUCUUCAUAGGCAACAGCUCUGUUUCAGCUUGUGGGACUUCUACCUGCUCUUAUGCUGGCUACAAUGCAGGCAGCAUUUUUACUUCACUCAACAACCACUCUACAUGCAACGGAACCAAUGGCUCGGGACCAGGACCGGGAUCGCCAGAGAAAAACGGUUGUUCCUCGAGGCUUCGAGUUGGAUGGAUGAUUCAGACUCCGGUAAUGCUUCUUUUUGUAGUUUUGGUAUUUUUUGGUUUACUUUGUAAUGAGAUUAGUUAAUGGGCGUUUUCAUUUUUAUUUUGAGUUUGAUGUAUUUAUUGGUAGUUGUAGGGUUUUUUAUUCCCAAACUCUGAAUUGACAAAUCAAUUUUUGCACUGAUACACGCCUUUCUAUCUUUUUUUUUUGGGGGGGGCGGGGGGCAUUUACAUACAUACGACCCAAUUCCUAUGUAUUUACAUCAAC